AUGCUUUCAGAUCCAAAUGACGAAGAGUCCACGUACGAACAUGAGCUGAAGUUCUAUGUGAGUGGCCACAAUGUAAACAAAGUGGAUGGAUCGCUGGUGUGCCCGGCUUGGAUGGUUCCACCAACCGAUCUACGCUAUCCGAUCCUGUCAGUUCGGGAGUCCACGCACAGCUUCACAUUCAAGGGCAAGAUGCUUCAGUAUGACAUGACAUACUUAGGCAUGCCAUUGCAUGACGGUGAUGAUGACUUGGACCCUGCACGUUCGACGCCUGUGCUUGUGAAAGUGAUCAAGGGCUCAGCUUUUGCUCUUCUGAUGCGCUCUCAUCUGCUGGCAGAGGAAUGGAAGGCGAAGAAGACUCUCAAGCGACCGUAUCCAGGGCACGCGCAUGCGGCUGGUGAAGAGUCUUGGCCAUUAGGUGAUGACGCACUUGCAGAGUUUGGUUUGGCUCCGAAUGG